CAAACAGAAAACAUGGGCUUUCAAUUCAUCAUCUUCUGCCUUCUGUUCUUAGUGUGUCCUUAUGCCAGUGGAGCAUGGGACGUAAGCACAAAACAAGUGGAGAUCAAUAGCGAGCCCUACGUCACAAAUUAUGGAGCCAGGAAAAUUGUCAAAGAGUUGGAGGUGAGUGAGCCUUAUAUGGCCAAUUAUGGUGGCAGAAAAAUUGUGAAAGAGGUGGAGAUAAGUGUGCCUUACAUGACCAACUAUGGUGCUAGAGAAAGUGUGAAAGAAGUGGAGAAAAGCGAGCCUUACAUGACCAAUUAUGGAGCUAGAAAAAUUGUGAAAGAAGUGGAGGUAAGCGAGCCAUACAUGACCAACUACGGAGCUAGAGAAAGUGUGGAAGCAGUGGAGGUAAGAGAGCCUUACAUGACCAACUAUGGAGUUAGAGAAAGUGCAGUUGAGGAAAGCGAGCCUUCCAUGACCAACUAUGGAGCUACAGAAAGUGUGAAAGAAGCUGAGAAACCUUACAUGACGAACUAUGGAGCUAGAAAAAGUGUGAAAGAAGUGAAGGCAAGAGAGCCUUACAUGACCAACUAUGGAGCUACAGAAAGUGUGAAAGAAGCUGAGGAGCCUUACAUGACCAAUUAUGGAAAUAAAGAGGCUUCUUACAUUACCCAAUAUGGAAACAAAGAAGACAUAAAAGAAACAGAGGCUUCUUACAUAACCCAGUACGGAGACAAAGAAGCUGAGACUACUUACAUAAAUCAGUACGGAAACAAAGAAACUGAGGCUUCUUACAUAACCCAGUAUGGCAAACAAGGAGGAGAAAACAAGGUACAGAAGCCAGUUCCAUCCGCCCAUGAGCACCAUGAUCAUAUGCAUGCACAUUCAUCAUCUCGCAAUGAGGCACACGAGCAAGGCUUUUUCACUUUGGUUGAUUUCCAUAAGGGGAGUACAAUGCCACUCAACUUCCCAAACCAAGACCAUUCUCCUUUCUUGCCUAAGAAAACAGCUGAUUCCCUUCCAUUCUCAACAUCACAACUCCCACACCUUCUCCAACUCUUCUCGAUCCCACGCGAUUCUCGUGACUCCAAACACAUGGCGUACACACUUGAUCAAUGCGAGCAAAAACCCAUCAAGGGUGAGACCAAGUUUUGUGCUACUUCACUAGAAUCAAUGAAUGAUUUCGUUCACAAAAUCAUUGGUUCUGGGAUCAAAUUCAAUAUUCUCUCCACGACCCACCCCUCAACCUCAACCUCCAUUACACAGAAGUACACGAUUCUGGAAGAACCUAAACAAGUCAUAGCUUCCAAAAUGGUCUUUUGCCAUCCGGUCCCUUAUCCUUACGCUGUUUUCUUUUGCCACCACUUUGAGAGCGACACCAGGUUCUUCCAGGUCUCACUAGGAGGUGAGAAUGGAGAUAAGGUGGAAGCCGUAGCGGUUUGCCACAUGGACACUUCUGAUUGGGAUUCUAAGCUCAGUCUGUUCCGCAACUUGGGUAUCAAAGCUAGUGCCUCCUCUCCGGUGUGCCAUUUCUUCCCGGAAAAUCAUCUUGUUUGGAUUCCAUUCCCAGCAACAGCUACUGCUUGACCAUUUUAUUUGUCUUGAUCACUAGUCUAAGUCGUGUAUCAUAUGUACUGUCGUGUAGGUGUCGAAUAAUGAGUACUUACCAAUUACCA